AUGGCACCCAAGCGGAAAUUAGCGUCCGGUGGCCUUCAAAGGCGCGUGCGACCGAGAAAGGAGGAGCAGUGGGAGCCUGAAUUGGAAUCUGAGCAGACCGACUCCGACGACGAUGUUUCAGAAGAGGAAGUGCACACGACCAAGAAAAAGAAGGACGCAGUAGACUCCGAGGAAGAAUCUGGGUCAGAAGAAGAGUCUGGAUCCGACGAUGAACCUCCACCGCCCAAAGCCGACAUAUCCUCCAUAUCUUUCGGCGCGCUCGCCCGCGCCCAGGCUUCGAUGCCGGCAUCGGAGCGGAAAAACAGAAAACAAAAGAAGACAGAGGAACCCGAAGACGAGGAUCCGUGGGAAUCCAGACGCCAGGCGAAGAAGGCCGAGAUCGAGAAAGUGAAGCGCUCGUCCAAGCAUGCGCCCCAAGAACAGUCGUCGAAGCGCCCGGUGACUCGACGCCGUGAGGUUGUCUCGGUGGAGAACAAGCGUGUCGUUCGUGACCCGCGGUUCGACCCGGUGAUUGGAGGGGCGCGCCUGAACGAGGCCAGGACGAAGAAGGCGUACGCAUUCCUGGACGAGUACCGCGACAAGGAGCUGGCGGAGCUGCGGGUGCAGGCCAAGAAGACUAAAGAUCCCGAGGUGAAGGAAGAUCUCAAGAAACAAAUAAUGUCUAUGGAGUCGAAGAAGAAGGCGCAGAAGAAGAAGGAUGAGGAGGAGGCGCUGCUGGCCGAGCACAGGAAGAAGGAGAAGGAAAUGGUCGCGCAGGGCAAGCAGCCCUUCUACUUGAAGAAGAGCGAGCAGAAGAAGCAGUUGCUGGUGAAUCGCUACGCGGGCAUGACCAAGGGCCAGAUCGACAGGGCAAUUGAGAGGAAGCGGAAGAAGGUCGCAGGCAAGGAAAAGAAGGAGCUGUACUCGCUCCCGAGAGUCACGGAUCGAAAUGAAAGAUAUUAG